AUGACGACUGAAGUCAGAACAUUCACUUCGCCUCAGCCUCUUGGCCAGACUCUAGCUCUCGAGCCUUUGCCCCUCGUCAGAACUCCGCGAACCCUCCCUAGCGACACGCUCAAGCCCGAGGACUUGCGCAAGGACAGCAACACCCCGCCGUCGGACUCGGAGAGGCGGCCUUCCGUCUACACCAAAUUUCCAAUGUCGAGCGACUCUGGCAAGGGCGGCGUCACCUUUGCCAGCCAGGACAAGCUACCUAAGCUUCCUAUCCCCGAGCUCGCUUCGACGUGUCGCAGAUAUAUUGAGGCCCUCAAGCCUCUUCAGAACGCACGAGAGCGUUCCGACACACAGCAGGCGGUCGACGAGUUUCUGCGACGAGAUGGCCCAGAACUGCAAGAAAAACUCAAAAACUAUGCCCAGGGCAAGACGAGCUACAUUGAGCAGUUUUGGUACGAUUCAUACCUCAACUAUGACAACCCCGUUGUCCUCAAUCUGAACCCGUUCUUCCUGCUUGAAGAUGAUCCCACGCCAGCUAGAAACAACCAGGUGACCCGGGCCGCGUCGCUCGUCGUCUCGGCGCUCGAGUUCAUCCGCGCAGUCCGAAAGGAGGAGCUGCCACCAGACAUGAUCAAGGGCACGCCACUGUGCAUGUACCAGUUCUCGCGGCUCUUUGGCACGGCGCGGGUGCCGACCGAGGCGGGCUGUCAGAUCGAGCAGGACCCCGACUCCAAGCACAUGGUGGUCAUGUGCCACGGGCAGGUGUACUGGUUCGACGUGCUGGACGACAACUCGGACGCCAUCAUGACGGAGCGGGACAUCGCCGUCAACCUGCAGACCAUCAUCGACGACGCGCAGCAGACGCCGAUCCAGGAGGCGGCCAAGGGCGCCGUCGGCGUGCUGAGCACGGAGAACCGCAAGGUGUGGUCGGGCCUGCGGGACGUGCUGACGCGGGAGCCCGAGUCGAACAACGCCGACUGCCUCAACAUCGUCGACUCGGCGCUCUUCGCGCUGUGCCUCGACUACAGCGAGCCGGGCAGCGUGGCCGACCUCUGCCAGAACAUGCUCUGCGGCACCAGCGAGGUGCGCAACGGCGUCCAGAUCGGCACCUGCACCAACCGCUGGUACGACAAGCUGCAGAUCAUCGUCUGCAAGAACGGCAGCGCCGGCAUCAACUUUGAGCACACGGGCGUCGACGGCCACACCGUGCUGCGCUUCGCCAGCGACGUCUACACCGACACCAUCCUGCGCUUCGCCCGCUCCAUCAACGGCCAGGCGCCCUCGCUCUGGACCUCCACCAGCCCGGACCCCUCCCGCCGCGACCCGGAGAGCUUCGGCGACGUCAACACCACCCCGCGCAAGCUGACCUGGGACAUGCACCCGGAGCUCAGCAUCGCCGUGCGCUUCGCCGAGACCCGCCUCGCCGACCUCAUCGAGCAGAACGAGUUCCAGUGCCUUGACUUUGCCGCCUACGGCAAGACCUUCAUCACCAGCAUGGGCUUCUCGCCCGACGCCUACGUCCAGAUGGCCUUCCAGGCGGCCUACUACGGCCUGUAUGGCCGCGUUGAGUGCACCUACGAGCCGGCCAUGACCAAGGUCUACCUGCACGGCCGCACCGAGGCGGUCCGUCCCGUGACGGACGAGUCGGUCCGCUUCGUGCAGACCUUUUGGGGCGACAAUCCAGUCGAAAAGAAGCUCGAGGCGCUCCGGGAAGCCUGCCGGAAGCACGUGGCCAACACGCGCACCUGCGCCAAGGCGGAGGGCUGCGACCGCCACCUGUACGCGCUGCUGUGCGUCUGGCAAAAGUACGUCGACGGCGGCUUCUACAGCGGCAGCGGCAGCGACGCGUCCUCGAGCGGCGAGAGCUGCGGCACCGCGAGCAGCCCGCGCGAGGCUCCCCUGUCGGACAGCGAAGAGCCCGCCUGUACCCAAGUGGCCGCCCAGCCCACGCGGGGCCGCGGCGACAGCACCGGCUCGCGCUCCCGUGGCUCCGGCGCAGGCCAGGACCUGCCCCUCCUCUUCGCCGACGGCGGCUGGGACAAGCUCAACACCACCGUGCUGUCGACGUCCAACUGCGGCAACCCGGCGCUCCGCCACUUUGGCUUCGGCCCGACCUCGGCCGAGGGCUUCGGCAUCGGGUACAUCAUCAAGGACGAGGGCAUCUCCAUCUGCGUCUCCUCCAAGCACCGCCAGACGCGCCGCUUCGUCGACGCCCUCGAGAGCUACCUACUCGAGAUCCGCCGCGUCCUGCGCCUGUCCAGCCGCAAGUCGUCGACCGCCAAGGUGAGCCGCGCCCGCGAGGCCGAGGAGUCCGCCCGGCCUCCGCUGCACCACGCUUCGGCGAGCCGGGUGAAGAACCGCGGCAGGCCGCUGACGGAGCCGGUCAAGGCUGGCGCGGAGGCGCAGCAGCAGGCCGUUGCGGAGGAGAGCAUGCCUGCAAGCGACGAUGAUGAAUUAGGAGGAUAUGGAUUCUUCGAUGCAGGGAUGCUCCUGCAGGCGCUCAAGGCUCGCGAGGCGACCGAGGCGCGCAAGACGGAGGCUGCCGCCGACUCGACGGAGCAGACGAAGCCGUCCGAGCGAGCGGCCGUGCAGGCGAGACGCCGCGGCGAUAUCGGCAAGAAGCUGCGCCUGGCUGAAUAA